UUUAAAAGUUAGAGAAAGUAACGAAAAUUGGAACAUUCUUCUUCGUUCUUUGUGGCUCAAAGCUGCGAUGACAAUGCCCUACUCUAUCGCGUUUACACUUCAUGGUGAUCCUCUCUCCACAUCUCAAUUACUUCGUCCUAAUUCACAAUCCCGCAGUUAUAUAUGUGUUUCUUCACGGCCGUUGGAUUCAGCGUGAGCGAGUUGACUUUUUUGUUGAUGGAUUCUUCAAUUUCGUCACGAAAAUGGUUGAUCAGAUUCCGAACAAGCCUCCUCGAUUUUGUUAAUUUCACCGUCUUCCUCUUUCUCGACUUUCUCGACGCCAUUCUCUGCGUAAUCUACAGGUAUAUCGAUCAAUUUCUGGAAGGGAAGACCACCGCGUGUUACUGUGGAAGCAGGGGAGAAGAGAGGGGUAAUGCGGAUGGCGACGGCGAAAAUGAACUCUCCGAGACGCUUUAUGGUAGGAGAAGUGUUUUCCGGAGGAUUGCUUUGGUUGGAUUCUCUGGAAGCUGUAAGGACUCUGAGAAGAUGAAUAGUGGUUCAGCGUGGAAUAGAUGGUCCGACUGUGGGUGUUCGUCCUGUGUUGAUGGGAAGGAGAAUCGGAACCAGAAGCUUUAUGUUGCUGCACGAGAGCCUCCACGGGGUCGAAGUGGGAAGCCCAAAGAGAAUGUUAUAUUCUUGCACGGAUUUGUUUCUUCUUCAUCGCUUUGGACCGAAUCAGUAUUUCCUAAUCUAUCUGAGACUCAAAAACUUAAUUACAGACUAUUUGCUGUUGACCUCUUGGGAUUUGGAAGAAGUCCAAAGCCAAGGGAUUGUUUUUACACUAUGAAGGAUCAUUUGGAAAAGAUUGAAGAGUCUGUGAUUCAUCAAUUUGGCUUGAAUUCCUUCCAUUUGGUUGCACAUUCCAUGGGCUGUCUAAUUGCUCUAGCCUUAGCUGCCAAGUACUCAAACUCUGUCAAGUCAAUUACCCUCGUUGCUCCUCCUUACUUUCCUUCAAAGGAUGGGGGAGCUAUGACAGUGCUUGAAAACCUGGGUGCUAAGAGUGUAUGGCCACCAUUGUUGUUCGGCUCUUCUGUAAUGUCCUGGUACGAGCACGUGGGUCGGUGUGCUUGUUUUGUUAUUUGCCGAAACCACAGAAUAUGGGAGUGGAUUCUAAGACGAAUCAAUCCCAGAAGGAAUAUCGAUUUCAGGGUGAUUGAUUUAACGAAGCACACUCACCAUUCAGCUUGGCAUAGCAUGCAUAAUGUGAUCUGUGGGGGAGCAAAACUGACGGAUGGGUACCUGGAUGAACUGAGCAGAGCUGGGGUCAAGAUUUACAUCUACCAUGGCGACCAGGACGUGGUAGCUCCGAUCGAAUGCAGCUACAACCUGAAGAAGAAGGCUGUGGAUGCAACUGUAAACACGGUGAAAAAUGCUGAUCAUCAGACCAUAAUUCUGGGUAGGGAAAGGGAGCUCACACAAGAGCUCGAGUACAUAUGGGCAAACACCGUUUAAAAUAGUCCCCAUUGGGCUUUACAUGAUUUGGGCCCUCCAAGUAAGAAGCCCAUCACUUUAUGUAACAUAUAUUUCUUUUAUUUU